CAUUUAGAACUGAACAUCACACUUGGAUCCAGACCUAACUACAUAGCUUAGGACGCUAACGCAAUCGUCGAGCAGCCUGGACUAGCUUGCUCAGAUACUUAAGGCUUUCACUCCGUCGUGCCCGUGGUAGAACGAUGCCAGCAUCCCCAACCUCUCGAAAGACUGGACGCGUCUCAACAGCUAUCCAUUCCUUGCAAUCCGAAAUGAAAACCGGAGAGACAGAAUGCUCACACUCCGGGCUAAUUCGUGGCCUUAACGGCGGCAAAGUUCGAAAUCGUGUUGUCGCGAUCGAAACUGGGACAACUGUCGACUUGCAGGCGUCGGAUUACGGAGUGCGAACAUUGAGCGUUAGAGAGACGAUUCAAGCCUUUGAAAAGGGGGGUCCCUCGAAUCCUGCCUCUACAGCGGAUGCCGUCCGCCGAGCGGCUGUUGAACCUUUCAAGUGGACAGCUCCGAAAACGCCGCCGGGAAUACAUGAGUACUUUGGUAGGUCGGUACGACGCCGAGAGGAGGCAUCGGAAUCAUCCGCCGAGUCGGAGGGUUGCCUUGACUUCCGCUCAAGAAGGGCGAUAUUUGAGGGCCGGAUCGACAAUGGGUCUCCCGCUGAUGGCGUGAAGCUCCCUGUCGCAUCGCCGGAGCGCACUUUGGGUGCUCAACCAGCGCAGAUUGAGACGAAUGGUGCCCCUGAUGCCUUUAUCGAGGAGUCUGUGAGCUAUCCAGAGGCUACUGAACCCGAGGAGGCUGUCAGCUAUCCAGAAUCUACCGAACACAUACCAUCCCCCGCUCCAAAACCCACGUCCGCCGACGGGGAUGUGCCACCACCUCGCAGAAGCCCUCGCCAACACUUCUUAUCGAAAGCCACCGAUCUUGCCUCACCGCCGCCAUCGAAGCCCAAAUCGCCUCCGAAACGAAAAGGAGCAUCAUCCACGCGGUCUCCGACCAAAUCUGACAUCCGGAAAGUAUCGAACGCUGAGAAGAGGAAAGCCGAUGGAAGUCAAGUGUCGUCAACGUCCCCCUCCGAAACUCGGAAGAAGGUGAAGAGCCAGGCUUCUUCUUCGGCCUCGUCUCCAAUUUCGGCUGCGGAAGCAUCGCCCAAGCUUACCAAGAGCGCGCCAACCAUCGCGCACGCACCCACACAAUCCACUCCGGCGCGCAGAACAGAUAGUGUUCUCGAGACUUCACAUGAAACUCCUACCAUGUCUGAAUCAGUGGCAACGCAGAACAUCGCUGAACAGCCACUGGUCCCUGCCGGAGUGGUGAGCAAACGGAAACGAGAGUGGGAAGAGCUGGCGACCAUCAAUGCUGGGAAGAUUACCGGUCCAUCCACCACCCGUAAACCGACGGCCGCCAUAGCUACUGCAGCGGAAGAGGCGAUUGUCGCACGCGAACAUGUGCACACCACUCCACGCGAAAACCACAAGCGUCGCAAAGUCGAAGUCUCAGCAAUUUCUAGCAAGAGCGUCACUGUGAAACGCACACAUAUUCAGAGGCAUAAGGAUAAGGUUGCGAAAGGUAUCAAAGCGACUGCGGUCAAUGUGUCUGUCACGGAGACGCAGACUAAACGCACUCCCCCGGCUGAAGUACCCAGCUCGCCCGCCGAGAAGGAGAUGUGGGAGGAGACGGAAGUAGCGGAAGAGGAAGGCUCGUGGAUGGGAGGUUGGGGUAACUCAGCGACCCGGUUCCUCGGCCUCCAGUGAGACACUCGCGAAUCAAGAGCCCUUUUGUAAUGCCCCCUUUUGAGUCAGUUGAUAGCAACCCUUGUAUAUACAGUAUAUACGUAGGAUAGUAACUCGUUCUACCAUAAACUACGUACUAUAAUCGCUUCUACUUUCAAUUCCUUCGACGAGCAAACAGCCC